AUAAAUAAUUGAAGCGUUUCUGGAAAUUCGAAAAUCGAGAACCACCGCCAUAGAUCCCCUACCUAUCUCUCUCUCACUCCGCCUCUCUUCGUCGCCGAAGCAUUAGGGGUCUCUUACUAUUGAGCAAUGAAGAAAGGAGCGAAGAGAAAGGGAGCUUCAAAGGCAGGCCGCAAAGGCCCUGCUGUUGACGAGAGUCAGAAGAACGAUGAGGUGGUUGCCGAGUCUCUCGAGGAGACUCAACAGCCUAAGGAAGACGUCGUCGAAGAGAACGGGGAAGCGGAAACCUGGUCGUCCUCGUGGUGGUAAGCGAAAGAGAGCCACGAAGAAGGAAGUUGAUGCGAAGGACGAGAAGAAACGUGCUCCGAGAGCUAAGAAAGCACGAGUGGCUAAACCACAGGAAGAGCCUGAGUACUUCGAGGACGAGCGUAAUCUGGAGGGUUUGUGGAAAGCAGCAUUUCCUGUGGGAACGGAGUGGGACCAGUUGGAUGCACUUUAUGAAUAUAAUUGGGAUUUCAAGCAUCUUGAAGAAGCAUUGGAGGAAGGUGGAUUCCUCUUUGGGAAGAAAGUCUUUCUUUUCGGCUGUACAGAACCCCAGUUAGUCCCCUUCAAAGGCGCAAACAAGAUUCUCCAUGUCCCAGCAGUUGUUGCUGUUGAAUCACCCUUUCCACCUUCUGAUAAGAUAGGAAUCGCGUCGGUUCAGAGGGAAGUGGAGGAAAUCAUUCCAAUGAAGACGAUGAAAAUGGACUGGCUUCCUUACAUUCCGCUUGAGAACAGAGGUAGACAAGUUGAUAGGAUGAACUUUCAAAUUUUUGUCUUGGGCUGUACGCGGAGGAGAGCUGCUCUGAGACAUAUGAAGGAAGAUCUCGUUAAGAAGUACGAGUAUUGCCUUCCUUAUUUCUACCAGCCAUUUAAGGAAGAUGAACUUGAACAGAGUACUGAGGUCCAGAUAAUGUUCCCCUCUGAACCGCCGGUUGUAUGUGAGUUUGACUGGGAGUUUGACGAACUUGAGGAAUUUGUUGAUAAGCUGAUAGAAGAGGAAGCCUUACCUGCGGAUCAAAAGGAUGAGUUCAAAGAAUAUGUCAAAGUGCAAGUUCGAGCUGCAAAGAAAGCUAACCGAGAGGCCAAAGAUGCUCGAAGGAAGGCAAUAGAAGAAAUGAGCGAAGAGACUAAGCAAGCCUUUCAAAGCAUGAAGUUCUACAAAUUCUAUCCACUGCCUUCAUCGGAAACACCAGACGUCUCUGGCGUCAAGUCGCCGUUCAUCAACCGAUACUAUGGAAAGGCUGAUCAAGUCCUUUGAUCCAGAAUAGUUUUCUUGGCAGCUUCAGCAGAAAUCGAACUUAGAUUUAAAUCACAGGUGCUCUCAGAAACUCUUUGAGCUUUAUUUGUAGUUAAAAAGCCAAGUUUGAACGACGAAGUGUAUUUUUGUUCAUCUAUGAGUGUAUUCUACCCCAGAAAUACUAGAUCUUUGAAGCGUCACAGGAAUCAUUUU